AUGGACGGCAGUGACCGUCGGCGCACCCAGUAUGGACCACCAUACCAGUCACAGGCGCCAUCGCGCCCUCUCCCGGGAGAAGCCAUGGGUCCCCCCUCCGGGGACAGGUUUACGCAGCCAGCAACGCCCGCGCGAACGGAUAUCGGCCGGUCGUCAAUGACGCGACCGUAUCUUUCCGGCUAUACAGGCUACGGGUACCAAGACCCACAGUAUGGCAGCUCCCAUCUGCAAAGCAGCAGCCCGAUGCAAGGGGUCGAGAUGCAAUACUCCCCUGCGUACAUGUCACAGACCUCCAGGCAGCAACAGGUCCAAGCCUCUCCCUCCCAACAACAGCACCAGCCGUAUGCUCAGUACGCGGCCUCGUCGAUGCUCCCGCCGGUGGGCGCACAGGCGCUCUACGAAAGCAUUCCCUUCCAGCCGCGACAGACUGCGAUCGAGGUGAUGACAAGUCAAUUCGCGAUGCCCCAGUACCUGCCGCAGGGCGAGCAUACGGGGGCGGCUCUCGGUUCCGGCCCGGCGCAGUUCUUGACCUCUCAAGCUGAACAGAGCGGUUAUAGCCAUGUGUCUGAGGCCCGGCCUUCACUACCUCAGUCUUAUCCUUCCGGGCAUGUCGACUUUCCGACCAUGGAGCAACAAGAGGCCGAAGCACCGGCGGUCCUGAGUGGCGUCCAAACGGCCCUCGCGGACGGCCUGAGAGACUAUCACCAGCAGCUCAGGGCCACUUUCGACGCGAUCAUUGCAGGCAGAGUCACUGCAGCCAGCGAGAAACUGCUCGCCCUCACUCGGUGGCUAGUCAGCUCCGUCACUGCUUUGGGUCUGCACCAUGACGACGAGACGAGACACGCGGAACGCGUCGAGUUCUGGCGAGAGUUGAACUUGUGCUGGGAGGCCCUCGGACAAAGGCAGAAAGAUAUCACCGAGGAAGCCUUGAGAACCAAGAGACCGCCUGUGGACAUGCUCUCGGCCAGCACCAUGACGAGUUUAAUGGACGACUUGGUAACCCUGUGCGAUCAACUCGAACAAUACGGCCUCGUUGACUUCGAAAUGGGCAUCUGGGAAGAGCAGAUCAUACACAUCUUUACGGUCUGCCUCAACCUCCUGCCGCGUGGUGGACUCAAACGACGCGCCAGUGCGAGCCCGGACUGA